UUUGACGUGAGCUUCAAUUCCCACAGUUGUGCUUGGAAGCCGCAAUCAGCCAUCUCUUACAGUGCCUCAACCACACCACCCCUCUCCUCCAACUCCGUCUGCGUAGUACAGCGGCACAGACCAGCCUUCUUGUCCUAUCUGCAAAACGUCCACAUUAUUUAUCAUCUGUUCUCGAUCAAGCCAUCGCCAUCGCCAUCACCACACCCACAGCAUGGGCCAAUACUUCAUGAUCUCAGCUCCUCGAUUAAGGAGGGCGUUAGGAAAUGGAGGCAAGCUUCGGGAGAUGUUAUUUGGCGGGACGGCCAAAGCCCUUGUCCAUGUCCUCGCCGUCCCAAUUGAACCGCAGCUUCCCCCCUCUAGCUCCCUAGACUCCACACUCGUGCCAACAGAACCCAAAUACACUCCCCCUGCCAUUGAUGUGGUUACAUCUGGCCCAGCCAAGGACCCUCCGACGGUGGUGCAUAGUAGACCGGGGAAACGUCAAGCUAAUGACGAAGCGCCUAGCCAGAGGGUUAAGAAACUCGAGACAACUACAAGCAGUGAUUUCGACAAGGGGGCCAAAGCCAGCUUUCUAACCACAUUCCCCAGUCUCCCCCCAGAACUGCACGAACUAAUCUUUGCCCACCUUGACUCCAUCGAGGAUCUCAUCUGUCUCAGCGUCACAAGUCGAUACUUCUGGGUCAUAGGAUACAAGCACAUCCAGCAGUACUACACCUCCCUCCUCGGGCGCUGGGCAGGCCACAACAUCAUCUGCAUCGGUGACUACGUCGAUGCGGGGGACUAUCCACCGCAUCUAUUCUCCGCUGAAGAGGAACAGGAAUUAAACCAGAUGAAAGUAGGAUUCGAUGGGAACUGUCUAGACAGCAGCGCGGGUUCAGAUACCAGCGCGGAUGCCCAGCCGUUAACGCUCUAUGAUCUCGCUAUAGAGCCUAUGGGUACUAUAGAAGAGGUCGUUGAUUUGUACCAAACAUCCACGCGCACAUUGCACGCAUGUAUGCGCCGUUGCCGCUCAUCGAAGCGUCUAUCCGACUUCAAGCACCCGGAGCUAGUCAUGAGAAACUCGACAUACUUCCCCGCCAGCCAAACCUGGAUCCUCCGCAACCUAACAACCCACGAGUUCGUUCUCCCCACAGCCGUAGCCCUAAAACCCGAAUACAUAAACGGCCCAUUCAUCCACGGUCUGGGAUUCGGUGAGGUGGUCAUGGCGCGCACGUGCUGGACGUCAGACUAUGGGGUCGCCAUGAGCUGCGGCGCGGAUAUCUGUCGUGGGGUAUGGGCGGGGCAUCGGUUUGAUAUCACGACGCUCUCACGACACGAUGAGGAGAGUAGGGGGGGGGAGUGGACGGAUGUGAGUGAGGAUGUUAGCAAAGAGAUUGCACACAUCUGGGAGUGUGAAGACGGGCCGGAUUGGCGAGAGAUAAUCCAUAAUACAAUCUCAGCUCUGGAGCGGGGUGAUGAUUCCGACAGCUGUGUCUCCGACGAUUGAUAGGAUGAUCUAUCUAAAGCUGUGUGCUGAGAGCCUCAAGUGGGCAGCUCUAGUCUAGAUCACGCAACAGUCUAACCAUCAUGUGGGGCACUAAAGAUAAAGGAGUCCUCGAGGGGUUACCGCGAUGUUGAGCGGAUGACGAAUAUGGAUAUGGCCGUGAUAUCGAAAAAUGGCUUUCUUCCGGAUAUUAUUACCUGGUCGAAACCUAUGGUGGUGGAGUAGUUUCUUGUGAAGGAAGCUGUGGGGGGGGCUGGUAUUAGUAACACUCUUUGUCAUUCAGACUCGAUGGUAGACAGAAAGUAUGAGAAGCUUCGCAGUGAGCUGGAAAGAUGGGACCAUCAACAUGGUAACGAUCCGCGUGGGGUGGUUGAUUUCAUCGGCAGAAAGUUGCUUCUGCCUAAAAUACAC